CUCACCUCGCUGGAUGAGCGAGUGAGACAAACGAGGCCCUGUGCGCGCUACCCCGCCCACGGACCACCCGCAGACGCCAGCUAGAGCACUGCGACAGCAUCUUUGGAGCCAGCAUCGCCUCGCACGAAGCGAUAGCAGCUCAGCGAUAGCAGCCUAACAAAAACUCAGCAAGAUGGGCAUCUGCCGCGACUCCCGCCACAAGCGCCGCGCCACCGGCGGCAAGCGGUUUAACGACCGCAAGAAGCGCAAGUUCGAGCUCGGCCGGCCGCCGACCAACACGAAGAUCGGCGUCAAGAAGGUCUCCGAGGUCCGCACCCGAGGAGGCAACAAAAAGUUCCGCGCGCUCCGCCUCGAGUCGGGCAACUACUCCUGGGGCUCCGAGGUCUGCACGCGCAAGACGCGCGUGCUCGACGUGGUCUACAACGCGUCGAACAACGAGUUGGUGAGAACGAAGACGCUCGUGAAGAACGCCAUUGUCCAGGUAGAUGCCACUCCUUUCCGGCAAUGGUACGAGGCGCACUACGGCGUCAAGAUCGGCCUGAAGAAGCGCGGCAAGAAGAAGGACGGCGACGAUGCCGACGUCAAAAAGUCGAGCCGCGUGCUGCGCAAGCUCGCGUCGCGGCAGAAGGGCCGCGUCCUUGACGCCACUUUAGAUGACCAGUUCGCCUCGGGCCGAUUACUCGCCUGCAUCAGCUCGCGGCCGGGCCAGUCCGGCCGCGCCGACGGCUACAUCCUCGAAGGCUCGGAGCUGGCCUUCUACAAGAAGAAGCUCGACGUGAAGAAGGACAAGAAGCACUAG